AUGUUUAAUUCAUACUAGUAUGAGAAAUAACUUGCAUUAACUAAAGAUAUCGAUAAGAUUAAGAAAGGAUACUUAAGAGAACGAGAUGUUCGUAAAGGUAUAAAUAAUAUUUAGAAUUUAAGAAUUCAACAAUAGAUUAGCAUAGAAUUAUAAAAAAAGAGUUGAAAAUUUUGUAAUCAAUAUGCUUGAAAAUCCUAUUGUUUGUGUUGAUUAUUAAUAACCUAAUUAAUCAUCAUUUAGAGAUGAGGAUCCAUCUAAGAAUUUAGGAGAUCCUUAAUUUUAUGUUAAAGGUUUUAAACAUGAGAAAGAUCGUAUAUAAGAAGCCUUAGAUAAAAAUAAAGAUCUUGAUUUUCUACCAAAUCGAUAAGUUGCUCAUUAUUGUUUUAGAGAAAGGGAUCCUUCUAAAGAUAUUAAACGUGAUAUCUUUAGAUAUAGAGAUAAAACUAGUUUAGAAAGAAUUGAACAAUUUCUUAAAGAUCAUACUUAAACUUAAGUCGAAAAUUAAAAAUUCCCAAAAAAGAAAUUAACUAAUCUUGAAAAUCUAUCUGAUAAUAUGACAUCAUUAGAUAGAAAGGCUUACAUCAGUAGAUUAGUGGCUAAAAAUCUUUUACCUUCUCUUCAUUAAAAAACACAUUUUUAAGCUGCUUCUACCAUGUAUAACAAUUUACCUUGUAUUUAAUUAUUGCUUUAUUGUAGUAUCACUUAUGGAUCAUACUAAAUCAUUACCUUAAUUAAAGCAGUUAGAAACUGAAGAAAAAAGUAAUCAUCUAUAUUUAUAUUUAGAAUCAUAACAGCAAUAAUAAAGAGAUGUUCAAAAAACAGAAGAAAAUGAAAUCAAAGAUAAUAAUAAAGCUAAAAAAAAUAAUGAAAUGGAAACUUUUAAUCCUAUUGAAACCUCUAAAAUUAUCUUAGAAAGAUGUUAAGUUAUUAGGAAUAAAAAUCCUAAAACUCAUGUUAUUCAUAAAGGCGAAGGACAUCUUAUUUCAACUCUUGAUAAAUCUAUUUAAGAAGUUUACAAAGAAAUUUAUGGAAUAGAUUUCACUGAACCUUAGUUUUUUCAAAAGUGA